AUGGCGGAAGGCAAAGAAAACCCGGCGAAGAAAGUUCGUCUGCAAGGCGCCUCUCCCACCGUGUUUCAGUCCAUGGACGACUUCUCACAGGGAAGUAAGCAAAACAAGCAGCGAUAUGAUCGUCUGGUGGUCAAGUUUGAAGAGCGGCACGGCCGUAAGCCUGACUUUCUAGCCCGAGCACCGGGUCGAGUCAACAUCAUAGGAGAACACAUCGACUACUCGGGCUAUGCUGUCCUGCCUAUGGCCGUGGAACAAGACGUUGCAAUGGCGUGCGGCCGCAGUGACGAGAACCUCCUACAACUCUCUAACACCCUCGAGACAUAUUCGCAGCACUCGCGUUCAACUCUCGAGUCCACCUCUAUUGAGGGUCACGAGUGGUACAACUACUUUUUCUGCGGAUAUAAGGGCGUCGUGUACGACUUGGGUGUGCAAGAACCUGUAGGCAUGGACGUGGUGGUGGACGGUAACGUACCGCCCAGUGCAGGGCUGUCCAGUUCGUCGGCUCUGGUCUGCUGCGCAGCCCUCGCUACUGCAUACGCUAACGGAAUAGUUAUGCCCACUAGGCAAGAGCUGGCUGAGCUCUGCGCCAAAUGCGAGCGAUACAUUGGCACUGAGGGUGGGGGGAUGGACCAGGCAAUCUCUUUCCUUGGCGAGCGCAACAAGGCCAUGCUCAUAGAAUUUAACCCGAUUCGACCCGCCGAAGUCGACCUACCCUGUGACACGGUCUUUGUCAUUUCAAACACCCUCAUCCAGGCAAACAAAGUGGCGUUUGCCUCUUUUAACGUGAGAGUCGUAGAGUGCCGUCUCGGAGCGAUGGUGGUCGCAAAGACCAAGAGCCUCGAUUGGAAAAACACUCGCAAGCUUCUGCAACUACAAACGGCUCUAGGUCUCUCGUUAGAACAAAUGACAGGGGUGGUCUCUUCCUGCCUCCACAGGGAGGCCUACACUCGGGAGGAGAUCUGCUCACAUCUCGAAAUAACCGACGACCAACUGAAGUCUGAGUAUCUCAACAACAUGACCCAAGACUUGCAGAGCUUCGAACUGCACAAACGAGCACUUCAUGUCUUCGAAGAAGCAGACCGCGUCUACAAGUUUAGAGACAUUGCAAACAAAAGCCACACCGAUGCACUGUCUGAUGCUACAGGCAAUGGCGAAUGCACUACAGUAGACGCUACUGCUGUUAGGCUUGGGGAACUGAUGGACGAGAGCCACGCAAGCUGCAGUAAGUUGUACGAGUGUAGCUGUGAGGAGUUGGACUCUCUCGUAGCCGUCUGCAAGUCGAGUGGGGCUCUGGGGUCUCGACUCACUGGGGCAGGCUGGGGAGGGUGCGUAGUGUCCCUGGUCCGUUCUCGGGACCUCGAGACGUUCCUGGCAGGAGUGAGGGACGGGUUCUACGGUGAUACGGUCUCGGAGGACGUAGUAUCUCGCGCUCUGUUUGCAACUUCUCCCGGUCCUGGAGCUGCUGUCUGGCAACUGCAGUAG